UAGGAACGAUAACCUACAGCAUAGAGACAGAGGAAGCGACGCCCUUUGUGUUAAAUGGACAAAGCGGACAGUUAACAUUGAAAGAACCACUUGACCGGGAAACGAUAUCAGAAUACCAGGUGGUAAUACGAGCCAACGAUGGAAUGCAGUUUACAGAUGCUACAUUCGUUAUUCAGGUUACCGAUACAAACGACAACCCACCGAUCUUCAAAGAGAGUGCCUACUCCUUUGACAUACCAGAGAACGCGGCAAGAGGUUCCGUAGUAGGAACCGUGGCGGCCAUUGACCUCGACUCCGGACCUAACGCUCAGCUCACCUAUACUGUCAUAUCGGAUUGGGCUAACGACGUCUUCACACUCAACCCGCAGACUGGCAUCUUCACAUUGACAGCAAGACUCGACUAUGAGGAGACGCAACACUACAUACUGGUGGCCCAAGCACAAGACAACGGGCAUCCGUCUUUGUCCGGAACUGUUACAGUGUAUAUCAAUGUCAUUGAUCUGAAUGACAACGCACCAAUUUUCGAUCCUAUGAGUUUCUCUAACGAGAUUUUAGAAGAUGUUCCUAUCGGAUCUUCAGUUGUCACUGUUAGCGCCACUGACAUGGAUUCAGGACUUAACGGCAAAUUAACGUACAGCAUAACAUCUGGAGACGAAAGCAAAGAUUUGAUAAUGAGUGCAAACGGGACAAUUAUGACUGCAAAAAUACUGGACAGAGAAACGUUACAGAUUUAUAAUUUAAUUGUCACAGCCAGAGAUUUGGCUAAGCCACCUGAACCACAAUUAUCGGCCACUGUACAGGUUACAAUUCAAUUAAAAGAUGUUAAUGACAUGUCUCCUGAGUUUGUUUCUACUAAUACGACUGCAAUUUUUGAAAAUAUUCCUCUCAACACUGUCGUAAUGACUGUAAAAGCUAUUGAUAAAGAUGAAGGUCGGAAUGGAUAUGUUGAGUAUUUUAUGUCACCAAAUCCAGAAAGUAAUGGUUACUUUACUUUGGGCAAUGUUGAUGGGAUCCUACGAGCAACUGGAAAAUUGGAUAGAGAACAGAAAUCAAAUUUUACUAUAUUUUUAACUGCAAAGGAUAGAGGUGAUCCUCCGAAUAUGACGAAAACUAAAAUACAUAUCAAAAUAUUAGAUGAAAACGAUAAUAGUCCUGUUUUCGACCCAAAGCAAUACAGCGCUUCUGUUCCUGAGAAUGCUAGCAUAGGUGCUAGCGUACUACAAGUUUCUGCAACAGAUGUUGAUGAGAGUGCUAAUGGAAGAGUAAGAUAUUCAAUAGCAUCUGGAGAUGAAAAUCGAGACUUUAGUAUAAGCGAAGAUACUGGAAUUGUUAGAGUUGCAAAAAAUCUUAAUUUUGAAAGAAAGUCUCGUUACAUAUUAUCAGUAAGAGCAGAAGAUUGUGCUAAAGAUGACGUCAGAUUUGAUACAGCUGAACUAUCGAUUUCAAUUCAAGAUAUAAAUGAUAAUCCUCCAACUUUCUUGGACUCACCAUACCUUGCAUACGUUAUGGAAAAUGUAAUUCCCCCUAAUGGUGGAUACAUAUUAACAGUGCACGCCUAUGAUGCAGACUCGCCUCCAUUCAACAACCAAGUCCGGUAUUUUAUCAAAGAAGGUGAUGCAGAUCUUUUUAAAAUUAAUGCUUCGUCUGGUCAAAUUUCUUUGUUAAGGACAUUAGAUCGUGAAGCUCAAGAUGAAUAUACGCUCUCGCUUGUUGCCAUGGAUACAGGUUCUCCGCCAUUGACGGGAUCUGGAACCGUAAAAAUUAUAGUUCAAGAUGUUAAUGACAACAGUCCGGAUUUCCAACGACAAAGUUAUAAAACGAUUGUUAAGGAAAACUUACCACUGGAAACAUUUAUAUUGCAUCCCAAAGCAAUAGAUAAAGAUAUCGGAAAUAAUGCAAAAAUAAAGUACAGUCUUCUUGGAGACAAAGCAGAGCGUUUUCAAAUAGAUUCUGUUACAGGUAUAAUUUUAACUAAUGCUACUUUGGAUAGAGAAGAAUGGGAUAGAUAUUAUUUAAUUAUUAUGGCUCAAGAUUCCUCGACUACAGAUCCACGCACUGUUACUGCAAAUCUUACUAUAAUAGUAGAAGACGAAAAUGAUAACACGCCAACGUUUGCACAAACCGUAUAUGAAGUCUAUAUUUCCGAGCGUACUGUUCCAGAAGAUUUUAUUUUUGGAGUGAAAGCAACUGAUAAUGACGUCGGACUGAAUAAGAAAAUUUUUUAUGAUUUAAAAGGUGAACAUUCAAAUCUUUUUACUGUAAAUAGAGAUUCUGGAGUUAUAAAGGCAAAAGAAAAUUUGGUGAAAUAUAAAGACAAGCAAAAAUCUAUAUUUAAUCUCAUUAUAUUAGCAACUGAUGGCGGAAAAAUUCCGAGACAAAGUUCUGCUGAAUUGAUACUUAUACCUAAAUCAGGAAAAAACUUUCCAAAAUUUACAGUUAAUAAUAAACUUACAUUUACCUUUUCGGAAGAUACGCCUGAAGGAGUUAUUGUUACUAGAUUAUCUGCAACUUCGCCAAAGAAUGGACCAAUUAGAUUAUUACAAUAUUCCGUAGCAGGGGGUAAUGUUGGUGAUGCAUUGAGGGUAGAACCAAUGACUGGUGAAAUUUUUAUAACUGGCAAAGGUUUGGAUUAUGAAACUAUGCCCCUUUAUGAAGUUUGGUUUGAAGUUAAGGAUUCUGAUAAUCCACCCCUAAAAUCUUUUAUUGAAAUCGAAAUUAAAGUAACCGACGCAAAUGACAAUGCACCAGUAAUUGAAAAUGCUUUGUAUAAUGCAACAGUGUCAGAAGAGGAGUCUCCACCACAAAUGGUAAUAAAAAUUGAAGCUCAUGAUGACGACUCUAAUGAAAAUGGAAGAAUUGAUUUUAGACUUAUCAACGAUUAUGAUGAAACAUUUGUAAUCGAUUCUGAAAGUGGAGAAAUUUACACCAAUAUUGCUUUAGAUAGGGAAUCAAUUCCUUUUUAUGAAAUAUUAGUAGAAGCUGUUGAUCAUGGUAUACCACAACUAAUAGGAACUUCGACAGUCCUUGUAUCUGUUUUAGAUAAAAACGAUAACCCUCCCAGAUUUACUCGCCUAUUUAGCGUAAAUGUAACCGAAAAUGCGGAAAUUGGAUCAUUUGUUAUAAGAGUAACUAGUUCUGACUUAGAUAUAGGUGCAAACGCUAACGCCUCAUAUAGUUUUGUUGACAAUCCUGGUGAAAAAUUUAUAAUAGAUCCUAUAAGUGGAAAUGUUACAGUCGCUCGAUCACUGGAUCGAGAAUUGCAAGAUGAAUAUGUUUUAAAGGUAGCAGCAAUUGAUGGUGCCUGGCGAUCAGAAACUCCAUUGACAAUUACUAUACAAGAUCAAAACGACAACGCUCCUGAAUUUGAAUAUUCAUAUUACAGUUUUAACUUUCCCGAAUUGCAGAAUAAAAAUAGUUUUGUCGGACAAGUCAUAGCUACAGAUAAGGAUAAACAAGGACCAAAUUCUAUAAUUUCAUAUUCUUUACAACAAACAUCCGAUCUGUUCACUAUUGAUCCUGCUACAGGUGAAAUAUUAAGCAAGUUUAAAAUGAAUUAUAAAAGAACAUCAGUUAACACAUCUCCAGAAAAUACAUAUUCUGUUAUUGUUGUAGCAACCGAUAAUGGUAAACCGCCAAUGUCAUCAGAAUGUUUGGUUACAAUAAACGUUGUAGAUGCUAAUAACAACAAACCAAUAUUUAAAGGUCACGAAAAUUUAGUUCCGGUUCCACAUGAUGCUACAAUUGGAGAAAAAAUUAUAAAAGUCAUCGCUGAGGAUGCUUUUGACUUUGGUAUAAAUGCUCAGAUAGAAUACAUGGUUUCUGGAGGUAAUGGGACGACGUACUUUACCAUUGAUAAAGUCUCAGGUUGGAUUAUUGUAAGCAAACAAUUUUAUUAUACAGGACAAUACUAUGAAUUAAAAGUUAAAGCAGUUGAUCGUGGUGUUCCACCGCAAAUGGACGAAACAAGAAUAACAUUUGUGGUUACAGGAGAAAAUAUUUAUAGCCCUAGAUUUACCGCCCUGAGUUAUCAAGUUAUAGUACCAGAAAAUGAACCAGUGGGCUCAUCUAUUCUUUCUUUAAACGCUAAUGAUGAAGACGAAGGCCCUAAUGGUAUUGUAAGAUAUACCAUAAGUUCUGGAAAUGAAGAUAAAGAGUUUCAAGUAGAUUCUAUAUCUGGUACAAUCAGUAUAUCACGCCCACUGGACUACGAUGAAAUUCAAGAAUAUCGGUUAAAUAUAACUGCGAAAGAUCUAGGCUUCAAACCGAAAGAAGCUACUGCAACUGUGACUAUAAUUUUAACAGAUAUUAAUGAUAAUGCACCGCUAUUCAAUCAAUCAAAGUAUAUUGCAUACUUACCAGAAAAUUCUCCGGUUAAUAGUUUUAUAUUCAAAGUACAAGCUAUUGACAUUGACUCACCUAAGAAUUCAAUUGUUAAAUAUCGUAUAAACAAUGAAAUGGCGUCAAUGUUUUACAUAGAUGAAAAUACAGGAAAAGUUUUUUCCAAGGAAAUAUUCGACUAUGAAGAUAAAACAAUUUAUCACUUAGAAAUACUAGCUGAAAAUCCGGAUUCAAUAAUGAGAAGUACCACUGAAGUCGUUGUUCAUAUCACGGGGGCUAACGAAUACUAUCCAAAGUUCACUCAACCAGUUUUUCACUUUGAUGUUUCUGAGUCUGCUGAAGUUGGAGCUCAUGUUGGUGUUAUACAAGCAACUGAUCAAGAUAGCGGUGACGAUGGAAUAAUAUACUAUUACUUUGUUGGUUCUAGUAAUGAUAAGGGUUUUGGUAUCAAUUCACAAACGGGUGUUAUAAGAGUUGCCAGAUAUUUAGAUAGAGAGACUCAAAAUAGGGUUGUCUUGACAGUAUUGGCAAAAAACUCAGGUGGCAUACAUGGUAAUGAUACUGACGAAGCUCAAGUUAUUAUAUCAAUUCAAGACGGAAAUGAUCCUCCAGAAUUUUUAAGGCAUUACUAUGAAUCCACAAUUUCAGAAGGAGCAAGUAUUGGCGAAGAAGUCAUUAAAGUUAAAGCCAUUGAUAAAGACGUGCGACCACAAAAUAAUCAAUUUAGUUUCUCCAUUAUAGAUGGUAACACGAAUCAAAAUUUCAAAAUUGAUCCUCAAAAUGGUGAAAUUGAAGUAGCACGAAAUCUUGACCGAGAAACCAUUCCAACUUAUUCAUUAAUAAUAGGAGCAAUUGAUACAGGUACACCUCCACAAACAGGCACAACUACAGUUAAAAUAACUUUGACUGAUAUAAAUGACAACGGUCCAGUUUUUGAUGUUAACAAUUUUGAUGGCUCUGUUUAUGAAAACGAACCACCUAAUACAAGUAUAACUACGCUUUCCGCUAAAGAUCCAGAUUUGCCGCCGAACGGAGCUCCAUUUUCAUAUGCUAUUAUUGGUGGUAGACAUCAAAGCUAUGUAAAAGUACAAAAACAUACGGGUAUUUUAUUAACUACCAAAAAAAUUGACAGAGAAGUCACGCCAUAUUUAGAUGUUACUAUACAAAUUGAAGAUAGUGGUACACCGGUGAUGCAUUCUAAUUAUACGAUAAAGAUAAGAAUAUUAGAUAGAAAUGAUAAUUCACCCAGUCCAAGAUCAGCUCAUGUUUUAGUACACGCAUUCAAUAAUAAAAUACCUCCUGGAAAAAUAGCCGAUGUUAAACCUAAUGACCCUGAUAUAGUCGGAGACUAUAAAUGCAAAAUUGUUAAAGACUCUACAUCUGAGAACUCACUAUCUCUAUUUAGUAUAAGAAAAGGUUGUGAUCUCUAUACGAAUACUGUGAUGCCAGGUCAAGGUUAUUCGUUUUCUGUAUCGGGCAAUGAUGGAAUUCAUAAAGAUGUUAUAUCAUCCAUAAGUGUAGAAUAUUUUACUUUUAAUAAUAACACAGUGGAACAAUCCGUAACUAUAAGAAUAAUGAAUAUGACUGCAUCUGACUUUUUAACACAUUAUUAUAGAAUAUUAUUAGAAAUAAUAAAAAUUGGUUUAAAAAAUACGGAAAGCAUAUAUUUAUACAGCUUAAAUGAAGAAAAAGAAAAUAUAGAUUUAACUUUAGCAAUUAAAGAUCACAAUUCUUUUUUGAAAAAAGAUAAAAGUGAAAAGCAUUUAAAAACAAAAGAAUCCGAAAUACGAAAAGUUUUGAAGAGACAAGUCAUUGUUCCAUAUUAUCCCUGUUCUACUCAUAGAUGCCAAAAUGAUGGAAUAUGUACAGAUGAAAUAAAAGUAAUGGAUGUGACAAAAAUUACUGAAAGUUCAACUUUGAUACUCACUUCUCCUUUAGUACGCCAUGAUUAUGUUUGCCACUGCUCUGACAGAUUUAUGGGAAGUAAUUGUGAAAAACGACAAGAUCCUUGUUCCCCCAAUCCUUGUAAAUUUGGAGGACAAUGUCGUAAGCAAGGGCAUGAUUACAUCUGCACUUGCCCACUAAGACGCGAAGGCAAAUCUUGUGAAUUGGAGAGAGAUGAUGUUUGUAGCAGCAAUCCGUGUAAAAAUGGCGGGUCUUGUAAAGAAAGUACUGAUCGAAACUCUUUCUUCUGCUUAUGCCGUCCUGGAUAUCGGGGUAAUCAAUGUGAGGCUCUCGUGGAUUCUUGUAGACCAAACCCAUGUAUGCAUGGAGGAAUUUGCAUUAGUCUUAAACCUGGAUAUAGAUGCAGCUGUACGAAUGGUCGUUAUGGUAUUCAUUGUGAAAGUUCCACGUUUGGUUUUAAUGAAUUAUCUUAUAUACAGUUUCCUGCCCUAGAUGCCUCAACAAAUGAUAUAACAAUUAUAUUUGCAACAACGAAAUCAGAUGCAUUGUUAUUAUACAAUUAUGGUGCUCAAACUGGUGGUCGAUCUGACUUUAUUGCGAUAGAAAUACUAGGAGGGAAACCAGUUUUCUCGUUUGGCGGUGCUAGAACUUCAAUUACUUCUGUAGCUCUAAUAAACACUGAUAAAAAUCUGGCUGAUGGAAAAUGGUACAAGUUAACAGCUACACGAAAUGGUAGAGUAAUAUCACUAAGUAUUGCUACAUGUACCGAUCACGGUGAUAUUUGUACCGAAUGUGAACCUGGCGAUGAUUCAUGUUAUGAUGACGAUACUGGACAAGCAGGAACUUUGAACUUCAAUAAUGAACCUCUUCUUAUUGGUGGAUUACACAAAGCUGAUCCAGUUUUAGAACGUCCUGGACAAAUUCAUUCUGAUGACUUUGUUGGAUGUAUGCACAGCAUUACCAUAAAUGGGCGUGUAUUAAAUUUAACAAAACCGUUGCAAGCUCGCGGAGUCGAACCAAAUUGUGAAAGAAAAGAAAAUGGAGCCUGUUACAAAGAAGAUAUCUGUGGAAUGGGAGAAUGCUUUGAUACGUGGAGAACACACUAUUGUAAAUGUGAUGGUAAUUUUAUUUCGCCGGACUGCUUGAAUUCUCUGCAAAGUAUUUCAAUUGGUGAAAAUGGUUUUAUAACAUAUGUAAUAUCAGAAAAGCAUAGAAGAAUGCAAUUACUUGAAACAUUUUACGGAGGUAAUACAAUAUGGGAAAGAAAAAAUGGUAAAAACGCUGGGAAAAAUGGUGUAAAAGUAAAUAUGCCUGCAAAGUAUUUGUCAUUUUUCUUUAGAACUCACAGAAAAGAUGGUGUGCUAUUUUACUCUGCUACCGAUAAAUACUACACUCUCAUAGAAUUAUUGGGAGGUAAAAUUUGUUAUACUUCAAAACAAAAUAGUAUUGUUAGCAUGAACCAAACUGAGCAGCACGAUGUGUCUGAUGGAAAUUGGCACAAUAUUACCCUAUCAUCUCACGGACGAAGUAUAAGAUUAAUUGUAGACAAUAAAAAUAUAGGAGAAGAGCUAGACGCUGCUGGUGUUCAUGAUUUUUUGGAUCCAUACUUAACUACUAUUUCACUAGGAGGAACUAAGGCUGACUGGGUAUCAACUUAUAAUAAGUUUGAAGGUUGUCUGGCUAACUUUACAAUAAAUAAUGAAGUGCAACCAUUUACUGGAAACGGUAGUAUUUUUAAUGAUGUUACCAGAACAGGAAAGAUUCUUAAUGGAUGUCACAAUGCAUUUGGCAUAGGAUUAGCACAAAAUCCAGAUCCGCUAAGUAUAGGGUUGACACUGGUAAUAGUAUUUUUUAUAAUCCUAAUAGUCGCCAUAUUUGCUUCAUUCAUAGUAUUUCGUCUUCGUAAACAAAAAAAAGAAAAAGGGAGUGUACCGGCGGGUAAAAGUAAUAUUGUUCAUACUAAGCAAAAUGGAGGCCCUGCUAUGCUUAAUGCACCUAAUCUUAUAGCUGGUACAAAUGAUAGUCUUAUGAACAGGAAUAUGCAUAAUAAUGAAACUAGUCUCAAUAGUUAUAUGUCUGACAAUGCAGAUAUUAUGCGAAAUGUUGGCCACAUUGUUGGACCAGAACUAUUAUCGAAAAAAUAUAAAGAUCGUGAGAUAAUGAAUUUGGAUGCCCCAAGGCCACAGCGUCCUGAUAUAAUAGAACGUGAAGUAGUUGGCAAAAGCCCAGCACUUCGAGAAGAUCAUCAUCCACCACCACCUCUUUCUACAAACACGUCGCAUCACACUCAUGAUCAUCCAAGUGGAAUUGACAUCAAUUCCGAAAUACCUGAACAUUAUGAUCUUGAGAAUGCAAGUUCAAUAGCACCGUCUGAUAUAGAUAUAGUUUACCAUUAUAAAGGAUUCCGCGAAGCUGCUGGCAUACGCAAAUACAAAGCAACACCACCACCGAUAACAGGUUAUCAUCAUAAACAUCAAACUCCACAACACCGACAUUCUCCACAUCAUCCUAGUGGAUACCCACCAAGAGUACUUUCACAAUCUUCACAACCACCGCCACAACCUAGACAACAUCAGACUACUCCUCUUGCACGAUUAUCACCAAGCAGUGAACUAAGUCAGCAACCAAGAAUACUUACUCUUCAUGACAUAUCAGGAAAACCACUUCAAAGCGCGUUAUUGGCUACCACUUCAAGUUCAGGAGGAGUUGGCAAAGAUGCCUUACAUAGCAAUAGCGAACGAAGCUUAAAUAGCCCCGUGAUGUCUCAACUAAGUGGUCAAAGCUCUUCGGCUGGCAGAAAAACUCCAAGCGCUACGGCUCAAGUCUCUCAAGUUGUCUCAGUAGGCACUGGUGCAGUUGGCCUUACUGCAGAAGAAAUAGAAAGAAUGAAUGCUAGGCAACGGACUUCAAGCCUAGUAUCAACGCUUGAUGCCGUAUCUAGUUCUAGUGAAGCACCACGCAGUGGAGGUGUGGGUCACCAUAUCAUGUCACAUAGACAUCAUUCACAACCAGUAGACAAUAGGAGCUCUACUGGCUCAGAUGACGAAAGUGGAAAUGACAGCUUUACUUGUUCUGAAAUAGAAUAUGACAAUAACAGCAUAAGUGCUGAUAAAACAGAUGAUGUACGAAGGCCAAAUGUAAAUAGUGGUAAUAAUAACAAAAAGCCAAUCUUACCGCCCCCAUAUGAAAGUUUUGAUUCUUCAUUUCGAGGAUCUUUGAGUACGUUGGUUGCAUCAGAUGAUGACUUAGCUCCACACGUAGGUUCGGCUCUCUAUAGACAAGCAAACGGUUCACCAGCACCAGCUACUCUCGGCUGGGAUUAUUUACUAAAUUGGGGUCCUAAUUUUGAAAGUAUGAUUGGCGUUUUUAAAGAUAUUGCUGAGCUGCCGGACUCAGUUAAUGGCCGAAUGUCUUCCUCAUUAAGACUGCCAAAUGGAACACCAAAACCGUCCGAGGAAUAUGUAUGAAUCUAUA